AUUCUCUCAAGCUAACAAUAAAAACAAAAGAAGUAAGAGAAAAUCAGACUCAAGACUCUCCUCUGAUUCUUUUCUCAUCGACCCCGAUGGAUUCACUUAGUAGUACCCAAAAGGCUAAACCAAGAAAGAUGAAGGCUGUUGUGAAGAAGUCUCGCGUUCAAAUACUCCUAGAUUUGUUUUACCGGGUGGUCCAAAUAACUGUAGUUAUGGUUACAGUAGCCAAGCUCUGUUACCAACUAGUCAUCAUGUUCGAGGACUCUGGUCUCACACGUGUUCUCAUCAACCGUCAUCUCGCUUUCGUCUUGGGGAACGCGAUAGUUAUCACUAUUGUCGCCAAGUGUGGUCUCUUUGUAGAUCAAGAACCAGAUGCACGGAGAAACAGCAAUGAUUUUUACGACGAGUUUGUUCGAGAGAGCUCAAGACGAGAACAGAGCGAGGCAAAACAAAGCAUGUUGGAGAACAGUGAGAAACAAAGCUCCGACGAGGAGAAAGGCAAGAAGGACGUAACUGUGAAGAGACACAGACAAAUCAUUACCCAAAAACAGGAAAGUCCAAAGAAGAGUUACGAAAGGAGUCGGUCAGAGAAUCUCGAGGGCCCGAAGAAGAGUUCUUGUGGAAGGUUGACGAGAUCGGGGACUGAGAGGCCUUCUGAUGAUUCUGAUGAUGAACUACGGUACAAGAUCGAGUCUUUCAUUGCGAGACAGAGGAGGAACCAAAAAGACGAAGAGUUUUGUAUUGUUUAGAUGUUCUUAAGAAAAGAAAAGCAAGGAAAAAUAAGAAGAAGAUGAAAAACUUUAGUUUAUGCAAUAACAUUCACAUAUAUUUUGUGUGAUUGUAAAUAUACGGGUAAAAAUAAUUCAAAGCCCGAGCAUAAAAUGCUGUUUAGCUUUUCUUGUUUUUUUCUUUGUAUAAUUUUGUUCGGUCUUGUAAAUAGAUAAUAUGUUUUUAUUUUCUGUAAGUUUGAUGUUAAAAUGA